AUGUUGGGGGGCCUUUCCCCACCCCCCUCGUCAGGUAGCUCCCCACCCUGUUGGGACGGCAGGGUGCAGGGGUGUGUGGCUGGAACAUGGGGUGCAGCCCCCCGAUUCUGGGAGCAGGGCCUCCGCGCUAGGACAGUUUGGGGGCACCCGGGGGGGGGGAGGUGGGACUCUGUCUGUGCCGCCUGCUGUCUGUCAAUAAACCUCUCGACAUUCCUCAGGCUGCGUCCUUGGGGGGCGGCGCCCGGGCUCAGCUGUCGCCGUGCGUCACUGUCGGGGGAGGCCAUGGCCGGGAGCGGGGGCCGCCUGCCCCUCGCCCUGCUGGUCACUGUGGCCGGCUGGGCCCUGGCCCUGGCCCGGGGCCUGGUGUUUCUGAGCAGCGAGCGCUGCGCCUGGCUCCUGGGCGCCCCCUGCCUGCGGCGGGCGUAUCACGCCUGGCUGGCAGGCGCCGUCCUGCUGGGGCCCCUGCUGCACCCCUUCGCCGACCCCCACGCCAUCCUCGCCAACCAGCGCAACUUCUUCAGCCGCACGUUCGUGGCCUCGGCCUGGGGCUGGACCUGCAUCCUGGCGGGCGGCUUUGCCCUGCUCGUGAGCUACGGGGCGACAGGCCGGGCCCUGGCCCCCCUGCGCCCGCUGGCCCGGCUGGCCGUGGGCACGGGGCUGCAGCUGGCCGCCGCUGCCGCCUUCGGGCUCGUGGAGGAGCUGACAGGUUACUGCUACGCCCCCCUGCCGGCUGGCACCCUGCUGCCCCCCCUGCCCGACCGGCCAGGCUGCCUGGCCGCUGGGCACCGCUGGCGCGGCUACCUGCCCUCCCGGCCCGCCUUCCUGCUCACCUUCUGCUGCCUGCUGCUGGCCGAGGAGCUGGCCGUCUUCCGGCGCUACUUGGCCCGCGGGCACCCGGCCGGCGCCCCCCUGCGCCUCGUCUUCCUGCUCAACGUGCUGCUGCUGGGCCUGUGGAACCUCCUGCUGCUGGGCACCGCUGUGUACGGCCCGGCCUACGGGCCCCAGCUGGUGGGGGCCGCCGUGGCCACCCUGGCCUGGUACCUCACUUACCAGGGCUGGUACCGCGCCCGCUGGUCCCCCGGCCGCCCGGGGGCUGGCCUCUUCCUCAAGGGCGAGCCGCGUGCCUGA